CUGCUGCUCCCACCGCCGGGUCGGGGGGAGGGGAGACCAUGGAUCCUGUUUUCCAUCCUUCCCUCUGGGAAGACUUCUAUGUGAACAAACUGCUGGGCAAUGCCUCCCUGCUGAACAUCACCUUCCGGCCCGACUAUCCGCUCUUCAAUGAGACCCAGGACACGUUCCUCCCCCUGGGCAUCAAAGUGACCAUUGUGGUGGUCUACCUGAUCGUGUGUGUUGUUGGACUGGUGGGCAACCUAUUGGUCAUGUACGUGAUUAUCAGGUACACCAAAAUGAAGACAGCCACAAAUAUUUAUAUCUUUAACCUGGCUCUGGCUGAUGCCCUGGUCCUCCUCACCUUGCCCUUCCAAGGCACAGACAUGUUCCUGGGCUUCUGGCCCUUUGGGAACAUGCUCUGCAAGAUCGUCAUCUCCAUCGACUAUUACAACAUGUUCACCAGUACCUUCACCCUGACCAUGAUGAGCGUGGACCGCUACAUUGCCAUCUGCCAUCCCGUCAAGGCACUGGAUAUCCGGACGCCCAACAAGGCCAAGGUGGUCAACAUCUGCAUCUGGGCCUUGGCCUCGGUCAUAGGCAUCCCAGUCAUGGUGAUGGGGUCAGCGGAGAUGGAAAACAAUGAGAUCGAGUGCCUGGUCCAAAUCCCAGUGCCAGAAAAUUACUGGUCUCCAGUCUUCGGGGUCUGUGUCUUUCUCUUCUCCUUCGUGAUCCCCGUCUUAAUCAUCACCAUCUGCUACAGCCUGAUGAUCCGACGCUUAAAGAAUGUGCGGGUCCUGUCGGGUUCCAAGGAGAAGGACCGGAACCUCCGCCGCAUCACCCGCAUGGUCCUCGUGGUGGUGGCCGUUUUUGUCAUCUGCUGGACCCCGAUCCAGAUCUUCGUGCUGGUCCAGUGCCUGGGCACUCAGCCGGACAGCGAGGUCAAGGUCGUCAUUCUCCACUUCUGCAUCGUCCUGGGCUACGCCAACAGCAGCCUGAACCCAGUCCUCUACGCCUUCCUCGAUGAGAACUUCAAGACCUGCUUCAAGAAGUUCUGCUUCCCUUCCACCUUCCGGCCUGAAUUGCAAAUGUCCAACCGGAUGUGCAGCAUUGCCAAGGAUGUGGCUUAUGCCUGCAAGACCUCAGAUGGGACGAACAACCCCGCAUGACUAGGCAUGGAACUGCCGGUGAUACCGGCCAGCCCGCAGAGCCCCACAACCCCGAACACGGAACUCACUCAGGUCACGGGGCUCUAGUGGGGAACUUCCCGUUCACCCUCAGCCUGGGCUAGGAUGAGGAUCCAGUUCGAAGAAUGCGGGAAAGGUUGUCUG